AUGCCUCCCGUCAAGAAACCCAGAGCUUCAGGCGCUGGUAAGUCGCGGCCAAGUGCUGUUCAAGCUGGUGAUCCCGUCCCCGUUCGCGCAAAGCGUCGCUACCGUCCCGGCACCGUCGCACUUCGCGAAAUUCGACAUUAUCAAAGUGGCACUAAACUCCUCCUCCGAAAGCUUCCAUUUGCACGACUGGUCCGAGAAAUCGCACUAUCGAUGCGUCCUGCCGACGCGGGUCUGCGCUGGCAAAGUCAAGCGAUUAUGGCUCUUCAAGAAGCUGCCGAAGCAUUCAUGGUUCACCUGUUCGAGGAUACCAACCUUUGCGCCAUCCACGCCAAGCGUGUCACAAUUAUGCAGAAGGAUAUUCAACUAGCAAGACGGAUACGCGGUAUGUGGGGUGGAUUGGGUUAG